AUGCUCCAAAUCCAAGUUCCUUCUCUACCUCUCUUGACUUCUUUGGUCAUCCUAGUUACCCUAAUUAUAUGUUGGAAGAGAUUUAAAUCCCUUACAGUUAGAGCACCAAUUCUUAGGCUGCCUCCAGGGCCAUGGAAGCUACCUCUGAUUGGAAACUUGCACAAUUUGACUGGCUCUUUACGUCACAGCCUAAGAGACUUGGCCAAGAAACAUGGACCCAUCAUGCACCUCAAGCUGGGGCAAGUAUCAGCCAUUGUCAUUUCAUCACCAGAAUUAGCCAAACAAGUCUUGAAGACUCAUGAGACUGCAGCUUUCUCACAAAGGCCUACUGUUCUUGUCAUUGAAGUUUUGUUCUAUAAUUUCUCAGGCAUCGUCUUCAGCCUUUAUAAUGAGUAUUGGAGGCAGAUGAGGAAGAUUUGUGUUUUGGAGCUUCUAAGCGCGAAGCGUGUGCAGUCAUUUUCAUUGAUAAGAGAAGAAGAGGCAUGGAACCUUGUUGAAUCAAUUAGCUUGUCACAGGGCCAACCCAUCAACCUCAGUGAGAUGAUUUUCUCCAUGCAAGUCAGCAUCAUUGCCCGUUCAGCCUUGGGCAAAAAAUGCAAAUACCAACAAGAGUUUGGAUCAUUGAUUAAGGAGGCAUUCAUCCUUGGAGAAGUCCUUUCUUUGCCUGAUUUGUUCCCUUCCCUCAAAUUCCUCUGUCACUUCACAAGGACGAAGCCUGCACUGGAGAAGAUACACCGGAAGAUUGACAGAAUUCUUGAUGAAAUCAUUGAUGAUCAUCAUGAGUUGAAAAGAGUAAAGACCAAUAUUGUUGCACCUAGCACCACCAGCAAUGAUGAAGUAUUGCAGGAAGGUCUAGUUCAUGUGCUUCUACAACUUCAGGAGUCUGGUGGCCCCCAAUUUGAUCUCACCACCAACCACAUAAAAGCUGUCAUCCUGGACAUGUACGUGGCAGGAGCUGAGACUUCAGCAACAACCACAGAAUGGGCAAUAUCAGAACUUGUGAAAAAUCCCAACAGCAAUGGAGAAAGCACAAGCUGGGAAACUCUACGGCUACACCCUCCUGGUCCCUUAAUUCCAAGAGAAGCAGCUCAAAGAAUCAAAAUUGGAGGAUAUGAUAUACCAACAGAAGCCAAAGUUCUGAUCAAUGCUUGGGAAAUUGGGAGAGACCCAAAACACUGGGACAAUGCUGAUUGCUUUCUUCCUGAAAGGUUUCAAGGUUCAUCUAUUGAUUUUCGAGGGACCAACUUCGAAUUAAUUCCAUUUGGGGCUGGUAAGAGAAUAUGUCCAGGCAUCUCAUUCGGAAUUGCAUCGGUUGAGCUUGCACUUUCUCAACUGCUCUACUACUUCAACUGGAAACUCCCCAAUGGGAAAAAGGUAGAAGAGCUUGACAUGACUGAGUCUUUGGGAAUGACCUCUAGGAGGAGGAAUGACUUGCAUGUUAUUGCCACUCCCUUCGUUCCGUCGUAA